AUGUCUACAAAAACCUCUACUACGGUGUAUACAUCCGUGGAGACAACGUCACCCCCUUUGUUGGACAUACACCCACCGACGUCUAAGAGGCGUUUACCGGUGAUUGUCGAUAUCGCAAUUGAUAGUAACGGGAAACAGGUGUACCAAGUUCACAACACCAAUAAGCGAGUUCGCAAGUCGAUGCCCAUCAUUGGUAGCUAUUCCAGAGAUCUGAUACCUAUUUUCGAUUACGAUGCAUUAGGUUUACAUGGUUAUACAAAGACGCCCACUCGUCAUGUCUUGGGAGCCAUCUCUCCAACCACUUCAUCCAGAAAUCGUUACUUCCACUCUAGACCCACGUCGCAGGAAUUCAACGAGACAGAGCAGGCGGGCGGAAAUGCGCCAGACAUGGACGAUUCUCCUACUGGGACAAAAGGACUCAGAAAUAAACCUAAAAGAAACACCGAGAAGUUUGAAAAGGAUGCUGCCGAAGAAGAGGAAGAGGAGGUCUGGGGUAGUGAGGUGGAGAAGGCUUUCGAGGAAGCGUUGGAGAUUAUUCCUAAGAAUGGAUUAAACAAGAUCAAGGUAUCCGGGGGGAAGUCAUGUGGUAGAAAUGAAUUGAUUUCCGACUACAUUGUUUUGAAAACUGGAAAGUUGAGGACCCGGAAGCAAGUGUCUUCCCAUAUCCAGGUGAUCAAGAACAUGGACAAAGAUACCGAAAUCAUCGAGUUGAUCGAAAAGGGACCCAGACCACAAGAUUUGGCAAAAAAUAACGAAAAAUUUGAAGAGAUCUUCUCCACCAUCAACUUCCAAAAAUCCUUAGGCCAAACUGUUUUCCACAACCAAAACUUACGGAGAAAGUCCCCCACCACCAAACUGGAACCGAUAUUAAACCACCCCGUACAAAUGGAGUCCAUUUCCUUGGAUGUGACCUUUUUCAAAAUAACCUUCAUCUCACCGUCCAGCUCUCAUGUCUUAUCAAAGUUGAAUUCCUACCCGGUAAAUCCAACAUUGAAGAUUAAAUAUGGUGCUAGCUUUGAACACCGCUUCCCAAAACUAUCUGAGAUUUCCUGCCUCAUAGAUGAAGACAAGACCCCAGUUAUUCACAAUAUGGUCCACUUACACGUACCUAUCGACAGCUUCAAUCCCAAUACCGAUCAGGGUGAGUACGAUUCCCGGCUAAAGUUCACUUUACACGAUCUUCCAUCAAGCGACAUUAGUUGGUCUUCCUUGACAAUAAUCUAUUCGUAUGGAGUUGAAGUGAGCCGAUUCAACGAGACAUUGAGUCCCUUUGAUUGCACACCGAGCCCGUCAGGGACUUCAAAAUUGGCAAAAUUUGAAACGUAUCUCGCUAAAAAGUUCUGGAGAUCAUUCUUAGAUGCAGUUAACGGACCAGAUAGCCAAAAAGAUGAUUCGAAAAAGACUUGUGCAAUUAAGGGUAUAACAAUCCAACAGGUCAUAUACUCAGACAACCCAACACCAAAAAUCCACGAACAGAGAACUAGUGCUACCACUGCCGCUGUUAAGCUUGAAGAGUCUUCCUCGUUUGGUCUGGUCUCAGGACUUUCUCAAAAUAUUGGCACAAACCGCACCAACGUAGACACCGAGAGAACGGAGCGGUCUAGCACGAUAACCGCGGAUAACAUUAGGUCUGUCAUGUUGUGGGAAUUUAUGAGAUGUUCCAGAGCUGCCGACUCCGAAACUUUGAGUAGAAAGAUUGUUCUACCUGGUGAUUCUUCUAUAAGGAAGCUCACUAGACCCUUGACCGAUUUUCUGGACUUGUCGUGCACACACAACACGCACAGUAUCUAUCGCCAGGUCCCCCAAAGCCACUCUCUGCAUACCCAUAGAAGGAGUAUCUCUCAGUCUCAAUUUUUGAAUCCGUUACAAAGCGAAGCAAAUAAGAGGUAUAUCUCAUCCGAACAACUCCAACACCAAGACAAACUGCAUUUUGUCAGACCGUAUCCAAAGUGCGAAUCUAUAGGGCUAGGACUUGAGAAUAACAUGGGAUACCCAUUUAACAACUCUACCCACGUUCAUUUCAAUGGUGGCCCCAUCGUAUACAACAACCCUGCUUACAUUUUCCAAAACAUUCCUCAUUCCAGUACAACCCCGCAUUUUAACCAGGAGUUUGAAAUGUGA